AUGGAUAUAGAGCUGUAUGUAUAUGACCUGUCCCAGGGAAUGGCACGAAUGUAUUCGAUGGCCUUGACUGGGACGCAGAUCGAUGCGGUGUAUCACACAUCCUUAGUCUUCAAUAACGUUGAGUACUACUUCGGCCAGGGCAUUCAGACUGCUCUUCCUGGUAGCACACAUCAUGGACAACCCAUGGAGAAAGUCCGUAUGGGCAAGAGCGAGCUCCCAUUCGAAGUGAUAGAGGAGUAUCUGCAAUCGCUGAGCUCCGUCUAUACUCCAGAGUCCUACGAUCUCUUCCUGCAUAACUGCAACAACUUCACUCAAGAUUUGUCCAUGUUCCUUGUCGGGAAGAGUAUCCCCGAGCAUAUUAGGAACCUGCCUGAGACUUUCCUACGCACGCCACUAGGUCAGAUGCUGAAGCCCCAGCUUGAGGGUGCCCUGCGUGGGGUAACGCAGGCCCCAGGGCCAGGUCUGCCAGGGCCUUCUGCACGGCCUGCUGCACGGCCUGCUGCACGGCCUGCUGCUGUCCAGUCCCAAAAUAAGGUCCGUGUGGUGACCAACUUGAGCGAGCUGGAGACACAACUGUCUUCCGCUUCGAAGUCUUGUGCGGUCAUAUUCUUCACCUCGGCGACUUGCCCUCCGUGCAAGAUGAUGUACCCGUUGUACGAUGAGCUCGCUGAGGAGGCUGGCCCUCGGGCUAUCCUCAUCAAGGUGGACACCAGUAUUGCCCAGGACGUCGGCAUGCGGUACAGCAUACGCGCAACACCUACCUUCAUGACCCUCCUACGAGGUGAGCAACUCGAUCAAUGGAGCGGAGCGGAUGCCGGCAAGCUACGUGGUAACGUCCGGCUCCUUCUCGAGAUGGCACACCCUUCGCACCGACACCGCGAGCUUCGCCUGCCCAGCUUCCAGCGCACCAUCACCAACUACGUCAUGUACAAGAAGACUCCUCCGCUUGAGAAGCUCGUCCAGAAGCUCAAACCACACGACCAAGACGCCACCCUCCUCUCCAUUAUCGACUUCAUCAAGCGUCGCACCGAGUCCGCAGCAGACACCCCAUUACCAGCAGACCUACCUCACUUCGCACCCUACCUGACGCAAACCUUCCAGUCUCUCCCGAUAGAGAACCGCUUCGCCCUCGUCGACCUCGCCCGACUCCUCUUCAUCGACCCUCGCGUGGCAGGCUACUUCGCCGAAGACACAGCCCACACUCUCCUCCUCACCCUCUUCACCCUCGACGAGUCCUCCGAAUCCAGCACCCCCUACAACCUCCGCAUCGUCACCGUCCAACUCGCCUGCAAUCUCUUCUCAACCCCCCUCUACACCCACCAUCUCUCCUCCCCAACCAACCCGCUCCGCCCAACCCUCCUCUCCCUCUUAACAUCCACCCUCCUCGACACGCACAGCAACCUCCGCGUCGUCGCCGCCUCUCUAGCCUACAACCUCGCCGCAAUAAACCACAACGCCCGAUUCACGACCACCACCACCACCAACCAAGACGCCGGCGCCGAACCCCUAACAGAAGAAGAACAAGUCGCGCUAACAGCCUCGGUCGCCGAAGCGCUUACACAGGAAACAAGUAGCGCCGAGGCCCUGCACGGGCUGCUCUUCGCUCUAGGCCUUCUCGUCUACGAGGCGCCUGACGACGGCGCAGUGCUAGACCUUUGUCGCGCGCUAGGUGUGAAAGAUGUCGUAGACGGCAAGAAGGGCGUUGAGGGUGUUAAAGGCGAUUCUUUGUUCAAGGAGGUUGGGGGUGAGUUAUUGGGGAGGGGGCUGUAG